ACUACCUUAAAUAACAUUCGUAUGUCAGAGCAAUAUCAUCUUCAAUUCUCCGAUUGCUUGAAGAACUUUCAACAAGAUUGCUUCAAAUUGAAGAUAAUAAUAUCAUGCAACUUGUCAUAUUGUUAAUUGCGUAUGUAGCGUACGUUGACUCAAAAGGUAUUAAACUACCCUGGCACGAUGGAGGAAAAGCUUGUACCUCUUUAAUAGCUUUGUCAACGGAACAGUCAUUUACCAAUACUUUAAUCUAUCCUGAAGGAAGAGAUGAGUGUUGGAGAAUUAGGCCAAAGGAACCGUCGGCGAAGCUUUUUAUAGAAGUUGUCGAAAGUCGUUUAAUGCCUUACGACGUAUUCUCGCAUUGUAGCGAAAAAGCCGCUAUUUACGGAAGUGAUAAAGUAGUUGGUGACACGCUGCUAAAAAAAUGGUGUGGAUUUGGCAAACAAUAUAACCUAAGUACAUUCAACGAAGCUUAUGUCCUUUUAUACGGAGGAUACGGAACUCAAUUUAAGAGAAAAUUAAAGGUAAAUUAUUAUCAGGAUGAUCGUUAUGAUGUAAAAGAGUCGAAGAAGAAUUCAACUGAAGAUAGUACCUUUUCGGAUGUGAAAGAAAUAGCUAUUGUUGGUGGGGCAUCUGUUGGAGGUGCAUUAUUUAUAUUCACUAUACUCGUUGUCUAUUAUUCAAUGAAGAAAGGUCUCUGCAUUUGCUACCAAAAACCAGAUAAUCCGAAGAAGGCAAAGAAAUAUUUAUCAUUUGAUAAAUGA